AGUCAGGCUUUUGGUGAUAGCGAGGAAGGGCGGCCUGUCUGACCGCUCUGUGACAACCUCUUGCUAUUAUCUUGUACUUACAAACCUGACUCAAUUGUUUUUUUUUAAAUAUAUAUAAAAACUUAACAAAUGGCGUCUGCAAGAGUUAGAAUCCCAGAUUUCAAAAGAUUCAAAUUACUUAUCUUCUGGUCUGCAAUAAUACUGGCAUUCGCAGGUGUGGUAAUUAAUAUCAUGUUAUGUUUAUGAAUUAUAAGUAUGUCCUCGCUUGCAUUGGUAUAAGCAAGAACAUGCAAGGAUGCACCAGAGGAUGCAAAACCCAUCAUUCUGUAAAAAGUUUACAUCGAUUACCUUGAUAUUUCUCCAAGGCGGUUUUCAUGCCUCCACAAUUAUCAAAAACAUCAAUUGCAAAUCAAGAAAUUUUUCUUAGAACAAACCAUCAUGGCUCAGUCAAAUUUAAGAAAUUACCUGCGUUCCCUACGCUGGACCCCCUUACCAGUGGGAGUAGGUCUAGCUCUCAUAGCCUUCCAGCAGUACAGACACACAAGGAAACGUGAGGCAGCUAAAUUAGGGCAGCUGCAGCCAUGUGAUUGCUUAGCAGAGGAGUGGGAAGUGGCAGCAUACAAACUGUUGCCUCUCCGCUCUUUCUCCAGAGCAUGGGGAUGGGUGAAUGGGAUCGAACUUCCAGAGUGGUCAAGAAAGUCUGUGCUUGGAUUCUACGUUCGAGCAUUUGGAUGUAACAUGGCAGAAGCUGAAGUAGAGGAUUUGAAUCAGUAUUCUUGCCUCUCAGACCUAUUUCGACGGUCACUCAAAGAAGGGAUUCGUCCAGUUGACCUCUCUGCAGAAGUAGUCAGCCCAGCAGAUGGAACUGUGUUGUCAUUUGGCACUGUAGAUUGUGGAUCCCUUGACCAGAUAAAGGGAGUGACAUACCCAUUAAGGAAGUUUCUUGGACCCAAUUGCUGGACCAAAGGAGGACCAAUGAUAGUUGAUAGUAAAACUGAUGAUGGUUGUUUCCACCAGUCAUGCUUAAAUGACAGCAACAACAUACUUUACCAUUGCGUCAUCUAUUUAGCUCCUGGUGAUUACCAUCGCUUCCACUCCUCGGCAGACUGGCAAGUUCAUUUUCGUAGACACUUCCCAGGAGAAUUGCUCAGUGUUAAUCCAUCAAUUGCUGCUUGGGUGAGAGAUCUCUUUAUUUUAAAUGAAAGGGUAGCUUAUGUAGGACGUUGGAAGCAUGGCUUUUUUUCUAUGACAGCUGUUGGUGCCACAAAUGUGGGGUCUGUUAAGGUUUAUUUUGAUGAUGAACUAAAAACAAAUUUAAAUAAAUGGCAAAAGGAUAACUUCUUUGAUAAACAUUUCAAAGGAAAGUCAAUAGACUUAAGUCGAGGGGGCAACUUUGGGGAAUUUAACCUAGGUUCUACUAUUGUUCUUGUUUUUGAAGCCCCUAAAGACACAAAAAUAUGUGUAGAAGCAGGGCAGAAGGUAAAAGUAGGGCAAGCUUUGUUUAGAAUAAUUAAUUCUUAUGUAGGGAAAGCUAGUUCUGAAAUAAAUCAUCCUGGACCUCAGAGGUAAAUAUAUUUGUGAUAGCACAGACAAUGUAUUUAAAUAUUUCUUGUAAAGAUGUUAUCAUAAUAAAAGAUAAUCAAGAUA